AUGGGAAAUUGCUGCAGAUCUCCGGCGGCUGUUGCCCGAGAAGACGUGAAGUCAUCCAAUUUUUCCGGCCAUGAUCAGGGCCGUAAAGACAAGUCUGGGGCUGGCAACACUAAAAAGGCCAUUACUGUUUUGAACGACGUUAAAAAGAAAAAUAUUGAGGAGAAGUAUUUAGUGGAUAGGGAAUUGGGACGAGGAGAAUUUGGGGUUACGUAUUUGUGCAUUGAACGGGAGACGAAGGAGCUAUUGGCUUGCAAGUCGAUUUCGAAGCGGAAGCUGCGGACGGCUGUGGAUGUGGAGGAUGUGAGGAGGGAGGUGGCGAUUAUGAAGCACUUGCCUAACGAUUCGAGCAUAGUGAGCUUGAAGGAGGCGUGCGAGGACGAAAAUGCGGUACAUUUGGUGAUGGAGUUGUGCGAGGGUGGGGAGCUCUUUGACAGGAUCGUGGCGCGUGGACACUACACGGAACGGGCGGCCGCUGCAGUCACUAGGACCAUCGUUGAGGUUGUGCAGCUCUGCCACAAGCACGGGGUGAUCCACAGGGACCUGAAGCCUGAGAAUUUUUUAUUUGCAAAUAAGAAGGAGAAUUCGCCUCUGAAGGCAAUUGAUUUUGGCUUGUCAAUCUUCUUUAAGCCCGGUGAGAAGUUCUCUGAAAUUGUGGGAAGUCCUUACUAUAUGGCUCCAGAAGUGCUCAAGCGAAACUAUGGACCAGAAAUAGAUAUAUGGAGUGCUGGAGUGAUUCUCUAUAUCUUGUUGUGUGGAGUUCCUCCAUUUUGGGCUGAACAUGCUGUUUACAACCUCGGUCUAGGAUUCGAAGCUGUCACUGCAAAACAAGUUCUUGAACAUCCUUGGCUUCAAAAUGCAAAGAAGGCUCCAAAUGUGCCUCUUGGAGAUGUUGUCAAGUCAAGACUCAAGCAAUUCGCUUUGAUGAAUAGGUUCAAGAGGAAGGCUCUGAGGGUCAUUGCUGAUUUCUUGUCCAAUGAAGAAGUCGAAGGCAUAAAAGAAAUGUUUGCUAAGAUAGACGCUGACAAUGAUGGUAUUGUUUCAACCGAAGAACUGAAGGUUGGAUUACAGAAGUUCAAUUCACAGCUGGCAGAGUCUGAAGUACAAAUGCUUAUCGAAGCUGUAGACAUGAAUGGUAAAGGAACAAUGGACUAUGGAGAAUUUCUUGCCAUUUCACUCCAUCUACAGAGGAUGGCCAAUGAUGAGCAUCUUCACAAGGCUUUUUCCUAUUUUGACAAAGAUGGCAAUGGUUAUAUCGAGCCUGAUGAGCUUCAAGAUGCCUUAAUGGAGGACGGUGUAGAUGAUAGUGCAAAUGUAGCAAAGGACAUAUUCCAGGAGGUCGACAUAGACAAGGAUGGAAGAAUCAGUUAUGAUGAAUUUGUUGCUAUGAUGAAAACGGGGACAGACUGGAGAAAGGCUUCUCGGCAUUACUCAAGAGGGAGAUUCAAUAGUCUAAGCAUAAAGUUGAUGAAAGAUGGUUCUAUUAACCUGUAUGUGCUUCCAAUUUACCAGUGGCUUUUAAGGAUCAUGGACGAGUCAAGUACAUCUGAUUAG